AUGUCUUCCGGAGCUCGUCUACAAGGCAAGAAUGCCAUUAUCACCGGUGCCGCUGGUGGCAUUGGCCUCGAGACCGCCAUUCUCUUCGCCCGCGAAGGUGCCAAUAUCCUGCUGGCCGAUAUCUCAGAGCCCGCAUUGGCCAAGGCCCUUGCCAAGGUGAAGGAGGUUGUGCCCACAGUUGCCCGUGUCGAAACCAUUCGCUGCGAUGUCUCCAAGGAAGCGGACGUGCAAGCCAUGGUUGAGUCACUUGAUAGCUGGGGUGGUGCAGAUGUGGUUUUCAACAACGCCGGUAUUAUGCACGCAGAAGACGAUGAUGCCGUCAAUACCGCCGAGAAGAUCUGGGAUCUGACUCAGAGUAUCAACGUCAAGGGAGUGUGGUUCGGUUCCAAGCACGCUGUGCUGAGCAUGCGUCGCCACAAGAAGACUUCUGGCAGCAUCAUCAACACAGCCAGCUUUGUCGCAUUGCUGGGAGCUGCUACACCCCAGUUGGCCUACACCGCUAGCAAGGGUGCUGUAUUGGCUAUGACUCGUGAGCUAGCGAUCGUCCACGCCCGUGAAGGAUUCCGCUUCAACUCCCUUUGCCCUGGCCCACUCAACACACCUCUCCUGCAGGACUGGCUGGGUGAUGACCAAGCCAAGCGAUUCCGUCGUGAGGUGCACUUCCCCAGCGGCCGUUUCGGCGAGGCUGUUGAGCAGGCGCAGGCUGUUCUCUUCCUGGCCAGUGAUGAAAGCAGUUUUGUCAACGGAACUGACUUUGUCGUUGAUGGUGGUCUGAGCAAGGCAUAUGUGACCCCAGAGGGCCCAGCGCUCCACGCACCCAAGAACCUGGCCCAUUAG